GCCUCGUCAGCUUCAGGGGCGCGCGCCGCAACAUCCGACGCGCAGGGGACAGCUCCCAGGUGCUGAAAUCAGUCGGUGCUAGAGAGAGACAGCGAGACACGAGGGGGGAAGGAACACCAGCAGCCGCGUUACCCUCACACACACCGGGCAGAGCGAGACCGAGCCGAGGCCUCCGACACAGAUGGCUGCCACUCAGGAUGCGAAAGGGAAGGGAGAGGGAGGGGACCAGAACUUUGACUACAUGUUCAAGCUGCUGAUCAUCGGCAACAGCAGCGUGGGCAAGACGUCGUUCCUGUUCCGCUACGCCGACGACGCCUUCACCUCGGCCUUCGUCAGCACCGUGGGCAUCGACUUCAAAGUCAAGACGGUCUACAAGAACGACAAGAGGAUCAAACUGCAGAUCUGGGACACAGCCGGCCAGGAGCGCUACAGGACCAUCACCACGGCCUACUACCGCGGCGCCAUGGGCUUCAUCCUCAUGUACGACAUCACCAACGAGGAGUCCUUCGGCGCCGUGCAGGACUGGUCAACCCAGAUCAAAACCUACUCGUGGGAUAAUGCUCAAGUGGUGCUGGCUGCGAAUAAGUGUGACAUGGAGGAGGAGAGAGUGGUCUCCGUGGACAACGGCAGACUGCUGGCGGAGCAGCUGGGUUUCGAGUUCUUCGAGACCAGCGCCAAGGACAACGUCAACGUGAAGCAGACCUUCGAGCGUCUCGUCGACCUCAUCUGCGACAAGAUGUCCCAGAGCUUGGACUCGGACCCGGCCGUCACCACGGGAGCUCCCACGGCCAAACUCACAGACAGCGCCCCGCCCCUCCAGCAGGCCGGAUGCAACUGUUAGUGGCGGACGUCGGGAAGCAAAAGGGAGGCGGGUCCCGUGCGGCGGGAGAGCGUGCCCGGUUUUAUUCUCCCUUAUCACCCCCCUGCUAGUGCUGCUUUCUCCGGACUACAGUUCAAACCCUGUCUAGUGGUAGGCGUAGUACUAUCUCUCAACUCCAUCACCUUAUAACGAGAUCAAAUAACCAGGCGAGCAGACGUGGCUAUUGUAAACUGUUUGACAUUUAAAAAUAUCCAAAGUAUAGAGACACCAUAUUCUCAUUCCUCAGCGAGUUAGUGGUCAUAAAGCUGUUUGAUAAGGAUGGACUUAGUCCAUAGACAUGAUGUACAGUUUGUCCUUAAGACCUUUCAACAUUUAGAAUAAGUAUAAAAUGAGAGAUAGGGUAAGUGAGUGCUUUUAUUUUUAUUUUUUGUACAGUAUGUAUUUUACUUUUAUAGGAAUAUUUUGUAUCCUAAAGCUGCCAAAUCUAUGAUUUUAGUGCACUGAAGGAUGUAGCGGCUUUCUUUUGUGUAGUGGGUGUGUGGCUGUUGUGUGACUGUACAGUAAGUGUGUGUGUGGGUUUGCACGAGUGUGAGUGGUGUGUGACAAAUGAGUGAAACUCUGUCAUCGAAAAAGGUCGUCUACCUUAGAUACAAAAAGUGGCCUUUUAGCAUCUCCACCACGGCCUCCGUAAGUUCCUCUGUCUGCUUACUUUUGGAAUCGACCCCGUCUGUAACGUUGAUGUGCGUACUAUUCUACGCUUAGCUGUCUCUAGAUGUGUGAUUUCUCUAAUAAGUAUAUCUGUAAAUCUUAAAAGCAACUACUUCUUUGUGCUUCGCCUCGACGACGACACUUUAUCGUUUGAUGCGAUGAGCAUGCUGCCAAAAAAACUCAAUCACACGUUCGUUUUUUAUCUCAAGACGGAACCUAAACGUCCUCAUCUCCGUGUGAUAGCAACAACCCAGCAUUUCAUCGGCAUGGAAUAAACAGCCAUAUAUAUAAAAGAUAUUUAAAAAAAGUUUCAUUCAGCAUGCUAAGAUGUCACGUUUGUGCUGUUUCCCCUCCUUCCUAAGAAAAACUUCCUAGAGAAGUGUAGAAGUUGUCGCCCGUUUUGAAAUCCAGAAAUCCUUUCUCAGUUCCCGAAAAAAGUUUGUGCCAAAACAUCACGAUAUUCCUUUAGCAUCGUCAGCUGUUUGUUGCAUCGUUGAAUAAAAAUUAAAAAAAACCAAAAUGUUGCAUGAAGCCAGUCCUGACUUAUCUAUGUAGAUUUAUAAUAAUAAGAUAGUGUAUAUAUAUAUAUCACUCUGUGUUACAGAUGUAGAAGCAUCGUCAUAGCGCUUGCUGUGAGAUGCAAUGGGCCAAUAAGUGCAAUAUUUUAUGAAUGAAACCCUGUACAUAGUUUCUCCUGUCCUCGAGUACUACGACUCUAUGGGAGAGACAAUGGCUCUGAAACUGAUGUACCAUCUCGGAAAAGAAGUGAGUGUUUGUGUGUAUGCGCGUUUGUGUGUGUGUACCUGCCAUGUUGAACAGACAAUUUACGUAAUAUAAUGUAUUGUUUGUGUAUACCUUUUGUACAAAUGUAUUCACGUACUAUAUGCUGUUCCUGCUAACUGUUGGGUGUUGGUUGAUCUUGUGUUAUCACGUCAAAAUGCAGUGUUAUCGUAAACGAUAGUCAGGGAGGUCACUGAGUCCACGCCAUUCUAUUGUCAGUCCAAGGAAAGGGAUGCACGUGAACUCGUCCGGACGCCGCGCACAUGUGCGCACGCGUUCUUCGUGCGUGUGCAUCCGUGUGUGUGUGUGCGCGAUGUUAUGAUUUUACGCUAGUCGCCAUGAAAUAAAUCAUUGUAUUGAUCUCCAGCCGAGGUGCGUUGGGCAGAGGGAGAGCUCAAAGGUCAUUGUGUUCCUGAAUAUUGUUUCUCAGAGUGCAAGCAAGCAAAGCAAGAAGUAUGUUUUUGAGAUUAUAGAAAAUAAAUCAGAUAUUAUCA